ACGACGGAAGUGUUAGCCUCUAGCUAACUGUGGACGAAAGGUUCUAGAAAAGGCUGUAGUGCGUCGUUCGUGAUGUCGAAGGUAAAUAUUUCGCCCGUCGUCAGCGAAGCAGCGAUGUCCUCGCUUCAGUUUCUGAGCGAGUUAAUCUGCGAGCGACUGUCUGCUGCUGCCGAAGAAAUAUUCCGCGCGUUUGAAAGAACCGUCGUGGAGUACGAGGACGAGGUGGGUCGUCAGCGAAAGCUGCUGGAGAUCGCCUGGAAACCUCAACUCAAGUUACAGCGGAUAGAGCUUUGGCAGCAGCAUAUUCAUGAGGAGGAGGAGGUUCUCACUGACCAGGAGAGGAACUCCAGUCGGGACCAAGAGGAACCAGAGUCUCUUCAGAUUAAAGAGGACCAGGGGGAAAUCUGCACCAGUCAGGAAGACGAAACGAAGCCGGAGGCUGAAACCAUAAUGUUGACUCCUGAACCUGAACACAUGGAACCAGAACCAGUCACUGACCACCAGCUUGUCUCUCACAGGUCUCCUGUUGCUCAGACUGGAAGCAAAUGUUUGGACUCAAAACCUCAAAAGAGAAGUGGCAAAAAGAAUCUCAAAAAGAGUCUCAAAAACAAAAAAACUAAGACUAAAACUCGCAUAUACAAAAAGUCUUUAAAAUGCGACACUUGUGGAAUUUUAUUUUCAACACAUUAUCAGGUAAACUUACAUAUGAGAGUUCACACAGGAGAGAGGCCAUUUUCCUGCGAAAUAUGUGACAAAGGUUUUAAAAGACCUUAUCACUUGUCACUGCACAAGAGAACUCACACAGGUGAGAAGCCAUACACCUGCAAAACCUGCGCGAAAACAUUUGGCCGAUUCCCGGCGAUGAAAGCUCACAUGAGAAGUCACACAGGCGAGAGGCCACAUUUUUGUGAAAUGUGCGGGAGACGCUUUUUUCAGCUCACACAUUUGAAAAAUCACAUUAGAACUCACACCGGUGAGAAGCCGUUUGCUUGCUACAAGUGUGAGAAAAUGUUCAGUCAAAUUUCCACAAUGAAAACGCACAUAAAAAUUCACAGAGAUGAAGGGAAGUUUUCUUGCGACACGUGUGGGGAAAGUUUUGAGCAGCGCUGUGAAUUCGAAAUUCACAUGAAAACUCAUAAAGAUGAAAAGUCCACAAGUCCUUCAGCAGCAACUGUGGGAGAAAAAAAACCUACUGUUGCAAAGGGUUGGAAAAUUCCCGGGUAAAUUUUUGGUACAUUUACAUUAUUUGGGAAUUUUGGAAAUAUUCCAAUUUGGGAAAAAAUUCAUUGGAAUUGUAUGAGAAUGAACUGGACAUUUUGGAUAAUUUAAAGAAAAUCUAUAUAGAGGUAUAGAUGGUAAACUGAACAAAUUAAAUUAUUUUUUUUACAACUGAUGUUGUAAAACUUCUUGUACGGUCAAAGAAAAUUGUCCAGCUGGGGGCAGAAGAAGCCUAGCCUAGCUUACAUUUAACAUACACAUUUUGAUUUAAUAGUUAAACAGCACAGAUCAAAUAUCUGUCUCAUAUCAUCUUAAACAUGACUUCUAGUCCUUGGUUCAGGUGUCUAGAAAUCAUCUGUUAUGUCAUGUAGGGGGCGUGGCCUCAGAUAGAUAGACGUUUAUAGAGGUUGUGUGCUAUGGAUUAACAUUGAUAUUUCAUGGCUGUAUUUGCAUCAAAUCGAUAGUUUAAGUAAAACAGUAUGCCACAAAUAAAUUGUUUACCAACUGCAUUUGAAAUUCACAACCUGAAUCUGAUUUUGAAAAUGUCCAGUUUAUUCCCAUGGAAAGUUUUCCAUUGUUCAUGAACAAAACAUGACGAGAAAAGUUUUUGUAAGUUUAAGCAAGAGAAAACCGUUGAGAUGCAACUACGAUUGCAGCAUUCAGUUAUUCUGCUCCUCAUCUGUGGAACAAAUUUCUUGAACAUUGGAGGUCGACUCAGACUGUAACCUCAUUCGUCUAAUUUCAAUGUCUAGCUUUUAUUUUGAUUGUCAUUUUAAUGUCAUGCUUUUAUUCUGUGAUUUUCUUCAUGUAUUUAUAUGUCCUUGUAAAGCACUUUAAGUUGCCCCCAUGUAUGAAUUCUAUACACAUAAACUUGCCUUGCCCUACAAUUUCGAGAAGAAUUCACAGUAUUUUUGUAUUUUUUGUACAUAGUCAACUGUGUCAUCAGGUUUCAUGAAAUUCACCCAGUGUUCAUCUAAACAUCCUGAACUCUUGUCCUCAUCUCUGUUUGUGACGGUGUUUCUUUUCAAACAUAAACAUAUGAGGAUUGAAUCUGUGAAUAAAUUCACUCUGCUGUUUUCAUACGCCACCUGUUGUGGGACACCUGUUGACAGGGAGACAUUUUGCCUUCAUACGAAGUUACAGACAUUCUAGGUCUACUUUAUGGAUAAUAAGCAGUCCAUAUUUUGUGUUGGUAUCACGGUUGCGGCAUCAUGUCGCGACAAAUGUCAAUUUUUGUAGUUUUCAUGUAUCUGUACUUCAUUUUUAUAGCAACUUUUUACUAUUACUCCACUAUGUUUCCUCUAACUUUGUUACUCGUUACUACCAAAUAAAAUCAGAAGAAGAGUU